AUGUCUCUCAGAUUUCAUUUUGUUGAUGUAACUCUCACUCUUUUUUCUGUUGUCUUAGUGUCAAAUCCAUCUUCAUCAUCACAAGACGAACAUUAUGUGCAUCCAUCAAUUGAUCGACGUGUUUGUCUAAAAGCUGGUGUAAAAGUACGAAAAACUCCCACAGUCACAGCAACAGUAAGGGCAUCUACGCCACCACCAGUUCCUUUAACAGAAUCUCAAACUGCUACAACAAAUAUGUCAACAACAAAUCCUUCGCGUGUAUUUCCAAAAAUAUUUGGUAAUAAAAAAUUAGAAUCUAUUUUGGCACGUCUUGAUGAUCCACAUAUAAAUCCUCAAUUAGUUGAAAAUAUGGAUGAAUUAAAUCCAAAUAUUGUUUUGGAAUUUUUACUUGAAUUAAAUAAACAUACACAAAUAACAAAUAAUUUAUCUGAUGAUGAUAUUGUUAUUAUAUUAAAAUAUUUUAAUGAUUUUUUAAUACAUGGUUAUCAAGGUAAUUUUCAAAAAUUGCGUGAAUUAAAAAUUUACAAACCACUUUGGGGUACCAUUUCUACUGAUGAUAAACAACAACAACAACAACAACAAAUACCUAUUCAACAAUGUUGUUCUUUGGAAAAUUUUGCUCAUGUUUAUGUUUUAAAUGAAGAUUGGUCAAAUAUAAUUCGUCGAUCAUUUAAAAGAAAUUUUUUUAGUGAACAAUUUCAUGAAAAAAAAACUGUUUUAUUAAUGCAAAAGAAAAUUGAACCAUUAAGUAAAAUAUUUUCUCAUAUACGCUUUAAUAUUUUAUCGGAUUUGGAAAUAUUUUUACAAUUAUGUUUACCAUAUUUUCGAAAAUUAGAUGUUAAAUCUCAAGCAAAUUUAUUAAAAUAUUUUAUUGAAGAUAUUGAUGAAAAAUUAUUUCCACAUGAAAAAGAACAAUGUAGAAAACAGUUACAUGAUCAUUUAGAGAUAUUUACACAAAUAUCAAUGAAUAAUAGCGAUUACUCACAAAAACCAUCAACAGGAAUGUCAAGAGCAUCGCGUGAUUCACCUGAAAUCUGUUCAAUCUAUGAAUUAUAUGAUCCUAAUAUAAAAAAUAUUCGUUCUAUCUUAGAUGUUCAUCAUUUUCCUGAUGAACAAUUUCAUACACCAACAUUAUUAAAAUUUCUUAAAGAAUGUGGUCUUCGUUCUUAUAUAUCAACAGAUAAAUGUAAACAAAUAAUGGAAUCAAUUCAAGUUAAUAUUAAACAAGAUGGUUGGACAAAUGAACAACGUAAACGUUCAAAAUACUUAUAUGAACAUUUAUUAACAAAUUGGACACGUUAUGAUAAUUCAAUAUUAGAUUAUAAAUUUCUUGAACCAUAUCAAAUGCAUUUAGAAAAUGAUGAAUUAUUACAAUUACAUGAACAAUAUACAAAUUCGCCAGAUACAAAUCCAAAUGAUAAUUUUCGUUUUACAUGUAUUAAAUUAAGUGAUGGUGAAUUAUUAAAAGAUGCUAAAUUAUGUUGGGCAUCAUCAUAUUUAUUACCAGAAUUUAUUCGUCUUGAAUAUUAUAAUGAUUUAAAUGAUCAACAAGAGGCAAUUGAACAAAAUGCAUUAGAAUUUUUUAAAUUAAAUAAAAAACCAUCAUAUGCAUUAGUACAAAAAAAUCUUGCAAAUUUAGCAAAAAAAUUUUCAUUAAAAUAUGAAAAACUCAAUGAAGUAAAAUCUCCAAUACAAAUAACACAACAUAUGAUCGAUGAUAUUUUAAUACCAGUAUUGAAAUCUAUCUAUCAUUAUUUUCAACAUGAAAUUAAAGUUGAACGUCGUACUGAAAUUUAUAAAGAAUUAGAAGAUCGUGAAUGUAUUUAUUCUCGAACACGUCGUCAAUUUUUACAAGCAAAAUUUUUCUGUUUAAAUUUACCUGUAACUGAUGAAAUUCCACCAUUUGUUUUUUCAUUAGAUAAUGAUUUUUAUGAAUAUAAAGACUUUUUUCUACAAAUUGGUACGAAAUCUGAACCACAUCCUAUGUUAUAUGGUGAUAUAUUAAGAAAAUUAUCAAAAGUUUGUGAACAAGAUUAUUUAAAUUCAAAUGAAUUAUGUAAAUCUUUGAAAGCUAUGGAAUGUUUUUUUAAAUAUUUAACAGCAAGUACAACAAUUACUGCACAAACUAGAUUACCUGGUCUUUAUCUUGUUUCGAAUGAUUUUAAAUUAGUUAAAUCGAAUGAUAUUGUUAUCAUGGAUGAUAAAACAAAACUUGAUUAUAUGACAAAAUUAGUUCAUGAUAAAUUUAUGUUUAAUCCAAAUGAACGUGUACUUAAAUUAGAUCCAUCAUCAAAUUCAAAACAAACACCAUCACCAACAACUUUACGUGAUAUUGUUGAUAAAAUAUUUGUCAGUCAACGUCCAAUAUUAUUUAGUCAAAAAUAUGAAGAAUCAUUUUCAAUAACAAUACCUGAAGAUGAAGAAUCUCAUCGCCAAAGAUUUUUAUUUAAUCUUGAAAGAAAAUAUAAUCAAUUAUUAUCAUCACGUCAUUUACAUCGUUGUAUGGCACGUGUUAUAGCUAAUCAUGUUGCACGACAACAAAAUCCUAAAAUAAUAUCAAUUGAUGAUGUUGAAAAUUUAAUACGUCAACGUUUAACAUUUGUUAAAGUAACAUGUGUUGAAUAUCUUGAAACAAAUUUAAUUUAUAAAAAAACACAACAAAAAGUUGAUCAAUCAGUUGAUGAAAAAGCUGUUUAUUUAGUUGCUGAAGGAGAAGAAAAUAUUAUUUUAUAUAUUAGUAUGAAACAUACUGAACAACCAUAUUUUACAUUAUGUUUAGCACGUGCAUUAAGUCCAUGUUUAGGUUUAUCAGAAUUACAAUUAGAUAAUUCUGUUAUGGCUGCUUUAUUAGCAACAACAAUUGGACAAAUGUCCAAAUUAUUAAAUUUAGUUAAUGUAGCUACGGAAGAAAAUAUUUUAUCUAUACUUAAAUUACAAUAUAUACCAUCACCAGGUAAUGUUUAUGGUGAUGAUGUUGAACAAUUACAACAAUUUAAUAUAGAAACACAUCAAGUUUUACCAGGAGAUUUAUGUGUUUAUCGUAUGAAUGAUUUAUAUAUUUAUUGUGAAGUUGAAAAAAUUAUAAAAGAAAAUUCAAAUGAACAAAAUGAUAAUAAAGAUGAAUGGUCAUAUAAAAAAUCUGAUUCAUCAUUAUUAUAUGCAUUUAUAUGUAAAAUAAAUGAUGCUAAUGAAAUGCAAAAAGUAGAAGCAUCAAAUUUUUAUGUACUUGAGCAUUGGUCAAGAAUAUUUGAUGCUGUACAUACAAAACCAGUUGAUGAAAGAGAUUCAUUUAAAUCAUCAUCAUCAUCAUCAUCAUCAUCAACAACAACAACUACACAAGGCAAAAAUGGUGAUAAAGAUAAAUUCAAUGAUGAAAAAGCUUACUCCUCUUCAAAACGUUCAGAAAAAUUCAACAAUGCUGAGGAUUUUACUAGUGAUUCACAUUCUACCAAUGGUUUUAAUAAUUUUAAACCAUAUGGUCAAACAUCAGCUGAUAGUGAUUCAUCAAGUAAUGCAGCAUCUGAAUCACAAUCAGAAUCGGAAUCAGCACAAACAAAUGAACAAGAUAAAAUUGAUAAAACUGAACUUGAAUUAACUAAAACAGAAAUCUAUAAUGCUGUUCGACAAGCAUAUCAAUUAACUGGACAAGAACGUAAAAAAACUGUUAAAAAAUUAUUAUUAAAAUGGCAUCCAGAUAAAAAUCCCGGUCGUGAACGUUAUGCUGCUGAAGUUUUUAAACAUUUACGCAAACAAAUAGAUCAUUUUGAAAAUGAUCCAUUAACAUCAUUUUUUAAUACAUUUAAUAAUUUUCAUCAUACACCAUUUUCUACAUCUGAUCCAAGAUUUAGUUGGAAUAAACAUUCAAAUACAACAAAGACUGAUCAUCAUCAAAGUACAUCAUCAACAACAGCUGAUGAUCGUUUUGGUAGUUUUGAUAAUUUAAAUAAAGAAUCAAAUGAUGAUACAAAACGUAGUUAUCAAGAUAUACCAAAAGAUCAAACAGAUACAAAUGAUGCAAAUAAAACACGUUUUAGUCCACAUCGUUCAUCAUCAUUUCGUACAGCACGUGAAGAAUGGCAAUAUCGUCGUCAACAUGGUUUUCCAAGACGUCAUGGAUUUUUUACUCCAACUGAAGAAAAUACAACUAAUAAUACAAAUACUACAAAUAAUACAACACAUUCACAAACAUCAUCAUCAUCAACUGGAGGAAAAGAAAGUCCAAAUUCCCGUCGUAAACGUAAUUAUCAACAAUCUGAAGCCGAUCGAUGGCUUAAACAAGCUCAACAUGAUUUAGAAAGUUCAUACAGUGAUAUGCAUUCAUCUACUGGUCAAGUUGCAUAUGAUUGGGUUUGUUAUAAAUGUUAUCGAGCAGCUGAAAAAGCCCUAAAAGCUUAUCAUUAUUAUAAGGAUACAGGCAAAAAUAUGACAGCUGAUAUACCAGGUUUAUUAAUUGGUGUUGAUAAUGAUGUACGAGAAAUAGGUUAUAAAUUAUAUAAAUGGAUUGGUGAUCCAAAUCGAAUGCAAUAUCCUAAUGCAGCACGAUUUGCUAAAAUUCCAGCUGAAGUAUUCACUGUUUCUCAAGCUGAACAAGCCAUUGAUUAUACAAAAGAAUUAUUGAAGAAAAUUGAAGAUAUUAUGUAUCCGUGA